CGCGCACGUCUGUCGGGGAUGGAGGUCGCCUGGACUGUCCACUUCUUGCUGCUGGUGGGCGGCUGUUUCUCGCUGCCGCCGCCACCGGAACCCAUCUGCCCGGAGCGCUGUGACUGCCAGCACCAGCAGCACCUCCUUUGCACCAACCGGGGGCUUCGCGCCGUACCCAAGACCAGCGCCCUGCCCAGCCCCCAGGAGGUGCUGACCUACAGCCUCGGGGGCAACUUCAUAGCCAACAUCACCGCCUUUGACUUCCAUCGCCUGGCGCAGCUGCGGCGCCUCGACCUGCAGUUUAAUCAGAUCCGCUCCCUGCACCCCAAGACCUUUGAGAAACUGUCCCGGUUGGAAGAGCUCUACCUGGGUAAUAACUUGCUCGAGGGUCUGGCCCCGGGCACGCUGGCCCCUCUGGCCAAACUGCGCAUCCUCUACGUCAAUGGCAACGAAAUCGGCAGGCUGAGCCGGGGCUCCUUCGAGGGCCUGGAGAGCCUGGUCAAGCUGAGGCUGGACAGCAACUCACUGGGCUCCCUGCCCGACUCGGCCUUCGCCCCCCUGGGCAACCUCCUCUACCUGCACCUGGAGGCCAACCGCAUCCGCUUCCUGGGCAAGAAUGCCUUCGCACACCUGGGUAAGCUGCGCUUCCUCAACCUGUCCGGCAACGAGCUGCAGCCGUCGCUGCGCCACCCGGCCACCUUUGGGCCGCUGCGCUCGCUCAGUACCCUCAUUCUGUCAGCCAACAGCCUGCAGCAGCUGGGCGGCCGCGUCUUCCAGCACCUGCCCCGGCUCGGCCUGCUUUCCCUGAGCGGUAACCAGCUGGCUCACCUGGCGCCCGAGGCCUUCGUGGGGCUGAGCGCCCUGCGGGAGCUGCGCCUCGAGGGCAACCGGCUGCGGGAGCUGCCCGCCACGCUGCUGGACCCGCUGGGCAGCCUGGAGACUCUGGACCUGAGCCACAACGAGCUCUCGGCCCUGCACCCGGCCGCCUUCCGCCACCUGUCCCGCCUGCGCGAGCUAAACCUGCGGGACAACGAGCUCGGCUCGCUCGCCGGGGACAUCUUCACUGCCAGCCCGGCCCUCUACCGCCUGGACCUGGACGGCAACGGCUGGACCUGCGACUGCCGUCUGCGCGGCUUAAAGCGCUGGAUGGGCCACUGGCACUCGCAGGGCCGCCUGCUGACGGUGUUCGUGCAGUGCCGUCACCCGCCGGCCCUGCGCGGCAAGUACCUCGACUACCUGGACGACGUGCAGCUGCAGAACGGCUCCUGCCUCCAGCCGGCCGCCUCCUCCUCCCCAGCCUCAGUCCUGCCGGCUGUCUCUACGGCGGCUGGAGCCGGGGAGGAGCCGAGGGCGCCCCCUCUUGGAGAUCUUGGGAAGCCUCAGCCCCAGCCCCAGCCCCAGCAGCAGCAGCGCGGCCUCGCCCACCCCAGGGUGGCCUGGGACGAGGGGGCACGGGCACACAGCAGCAAUCAGAGCGGCCUGAGGCUUAGCCGGCGGGGUCCAGGCCUCCAGCAUCCAUCCCCCUCCUCGGCAACUACGCUUCAACGGUCCCCACCCGUGGAUCUGUUGGAGAAACCCGAGGGGACGAGCCCAAGCUGGGAAGAUAAAGGCCCCUCCCGGUCUACCCCGAGCUUCCAGAGUGACUCCCCGUCUAGCUCUGCCCCAUCGCCAGCCAGCGACUCCGGGCAGAGGGCGGAGAUGCAACGCCUGGCUGCGAAGCAUCAGGAGCAGGCCUCCCCGUCCGUGGCCCAGGAGAUGCUGCCCCCAUUGGUGUCGGACCCGUGCGACUUCAACAAAUUCAUCCUUUGCAACCUGACGGUGGAGGCGGUGGGCACGGACACUGCCACGGUGCGCUGGGCUGUCCGCGAGCACCGCAGCCCACGGCCGCUGGACGGCGCCCGCUUCCGUCUGCUCUUCGACCGCUUUGGUCAGCAGCCCAAAUUCCACCGUUUUGUCUACCUGCCUGAGCGAAGCGACACGGCCACGCUGCGGGAGCUGCGGGGCGACACCCCCUACUUGGUGUGCGUGGAGGCCGUGCUCGGGGGCCGGGUCUGUCCCGUGGCUCCCCGGGACCACUGUGCGGGGCUGGUCACCCUGCCAGAAGCUGGGCACGUUGGGGCCCGAGGAGGAGGCGUGGACUACCAGUUGCUGACCCUGGUACUCCUGGCUGUCAAUGCUCUGUUGGUGUUCCUGGCACUGGCGGCCUGGGCAUCCCGCUGGCUUCGGAGGAAGCUGCGAGGCCGCAGGAAAGGGGGAGCCCCAGUCCACGUGCGUCAGAUGUAUUCCACCCGACGGCCUCUUCGCUCCAUGGGUACCGGGGUCUCGGCAGACUUUUCGGGCUUCCAGUCCCAUCGGCCUCGCACGGCGGUGUGCGCCCUGAGCGAGGCGGAUCUCAUCGAGUUCCCCUGUGACCGCUUCAUGGACAGUGGGGGUGGCAGUGGAGGGAGCAGGAGGGACGACCAUCUAAUGCAGCGCUUUGCUGACUGAGGCCCAGGUGCCAGUGGUUGGGAGUGAAGCCAGGGAAUGCUGUGGUCUCAAUGGGGCAAACUCUCUCCUCGAAGUCUCCCCACUAGGAAGCUCCUUUUCCUCAAACCCUCCCUUUGUGCCCCGCCCCCUUUUUUGUCCUAGGCCUCCAACCCCCAGUAUGUGGAGUUUUAGACUGUCCAAGCCAGGGGGAAAAAAAUGGAGCAUAGCUGGUGUACAGAAUUGCGGUCAUGUCAGGCUGGGUGACAUCUGAUAUGUGGAUGGAUUGGGACAACUUCCUUUGCUCUCAUCCCCAAACUGUCAGCUUUGGUUCUGUUUGAGUUUAAAAAAAAAAUGGUUGAAUUAUGCUUCUCACACCAGCUGGAUCUCUCUACUCCUCGUGGCCAUAGGCCAGGCAGGAGGCCUUUGGCCAAGACUUGGUGUUUAAUCACUGCCCUCUAGAAAGACACACCUUUGUUUUCAUUUUAAAAACAGAAGGAACUUCAGAGCCUCUCUGGGAGGUUAAGGCAACAGCCCCUUCUGGCCCUGGAAUUCCUGUUGGUGCUAGGAGGAGGUGGGGAAACUUCCUGAAGCCCUCAGGCACCAUAUUCCUGUUUGCUGAGGCAUCAUUCAGGUGCUUUUGGGAUUUUAUCUGCUGAGACAAAUACACAUGAAUCCUUUUUAAACUGUGAAGAAGACUCUGCCAGUCCUGACAUUGAACCCACUCCACCAGCCCACUAAUGAGCACCGGGGGUUUUCUAGCCACGCUUGGCAGGAAGCUGUUUAAAGUUGGAUAAUGAAAUAACAAAGUGGUUAAACUUUGGGAACGGGACUUAGGGCUGCAUACUUUCCUUGGAGCAAGUUCAAGUGGGAAUGGAUCGGUUACCUGUGGUUGCAGACCAGACUUCUCUGUCUGGGUUUGCCCAUCUCCCUUACCUGCCUUAGGCAGAGGAAGAUGCAGUGGCAAUGCCUGCAGCUGACUUGAUGAACACUGGGAAGUGUCUGGUUCUCUCUUCAAGGUCAUUGCGUCUCUAACAGCUAGCAUUAGAAUAAACAUGGGAUGUUUGAUCGAAGAUUCUACAGAAACCUUCCACAUGCCCAGUUCCCAUUAGUCUGUAGUUAGAUGACAAACCUAAUUUCCUAAUUGUAGGAGUGGGUGAAGAGGCUAACUCUUCACUGACUUGCAGCCAUGGGUGAGCCCUUCUAUGCCUUACUCUACAUUGAAUGGGAGAAGCUGCAGACACCAUGUGAAAUAACCCUGUGCCAAUGAGUCUUUCCACUAAAACCAGCAGAAUCUUAUAAGGAUUUAGAACUCACUGUGAAAAAAAUUAUUUUUUUAAAUUAACCCAUACACUAAAUGCCCAGUGUUUGACUCUGCUAUCGAAUAUUGAUAAAGUUACAUCCUAGCUUUUAGAAAAUACUUGUAGUCUUUUUUUUAAUCUGUUUUUGUUCCCAGAUCUUAGGGUAAAAAACUCUUUAAUCUCAGAGGUCUUUAACUUUGUGGAGCUGUUAUUCCUUCUUUUGUAUUUACUGAAGUCUGCAUCUGACACUCAAUAUAGUGCUUUGGUUUACAUGAACGUGUGUGUGUGUGUGUGUGUGUGUGUGUGUGUGUUCUGGGAAUACCGUCCUUUAGAGGUACGAAACUGUGGAUCUGUGUCAGGAGAGGAUGCUGUGGAGACCAGCAGACUGGUGCUAAGUCUCCUUUUUUUGACCUUUUUGUUUAAUGCCUUUAAAAUUUCCUGGGGGUCUAGAUGACUCAGGGAAUAGGCUCUUGUCCAGGGUGUCACACUGGGUCCAGAUAGAACUGGCCUGCCAAUGCUGCUAUCUAAUGCGUGGGGACCAUGGAGCCCAUGGGCCACUUGGUUUCACCCUCAUCCCAGACUCAUUCAUUGACUUAUGGGCAAUUUUAUCAGAGGGCCCAGGCCUCCCUUCCCAUUUUUUUAUUCUAUUUUUUUCUUCCCAUCAGACCUUCUGACUCUCAUCCAUUUCUUUUGCUUAGGAUUAUAAUCAUGAGCCUCAAAAGAAAAAUGGCAGAAAAGACCAGUGUUUGCUCUCUGAAAUUCCAUGGUAGACCAUCCCUGUGUUAGCAAGGCAGGCACCCCAUUCCAAAUCCUCACCCUGGCUCAUCUUCCAAUAGGAAAUGUACCCAUGCUGUAUGUGUUAAUGGUUAGCUAUGUCAAUAAACCCAUUUCCCUAAUAGAAA